AUGGCGGCUGUUGAGAACGAGAGCCGGCCCGUCGAGGCCCUUUCCGUGACGGCAUUAUUAGCAGGGAGCGAAGGCAUUCGGGAAAUCAUCUACCGAUGGUGCUACAUAGUGCUGGGCGCCACCUUUGUUGUGACAGCUUUAGUCUGUAGCAUCCGCUCUUCGAGGACAGAAGAGGAUGCUGUUACCCCAAUUGUCAGAGGGCCUGGCGGUAAACCCCUUCCCGUCACCAAAAGGAAAAAGAAUCUCGGCUUCUCGGGUCAGGGGAACGGUGCCAAUCUACCAGAGAUUGGCCCCUUCGCCAAAACUGUUUUCAAAUUACUCUCCGGCUUCCUUGCUCUCACAUUUUUCUUGAAUGGAGCUGCAGUCGUCUUCCAUGCUUGGAAGGCGAACCGCGACCUGCCGGCUGGGCAGGUGAACUGGUGGUGUGGUGAGCCGAUGGUGGUUUACAUCCUCGGCUCGUCUUGCGUAUACGUCUAUUUUACCGUCACCUUGUUCGAAUGGAAAACCAGUCCUGGAUUGGCCCAUAUACUUACGUGGCUUCUUGCCCUAGCGGCGGAGGUUACUAUAUUUUUGUGCACAUUUUUCCGCGCGAAAAAGUGCAAGAUACCACGAAUCGACGAUGGUGGCAACUUUGGCGGCAGGUGCCUCGGCUUCUGGGAACAGAUCGACAUGGCGCUCUCCUUGACUCGUGUCGCGGCCGGCGGUAGCCACGAACGAAGGCCCAGCAGCUCUGGUACACUCGCCAACUGCGCCGAGACCCAAACAGGUCUUUACCGAGACGAGCAGGCAGCCUUUUACCGACCCGAAAAGCUGCCCAAGAGAAAUUGGUUCGAGUACCUCCGUGGAUACACCCUCUUUUGGCCUUAUCUUUGGCCCCGGGAGUCCUUCUGGCUCAGAUUUCGCGUUUUCAUCUGCUUCCUGCUGCUGAUCCUCCAGAGAGGAGUCAAUAUCCUUCUGCCUUAUCAAAUUGGCCAGGUCACCGAUCGGCUGGCGCAGGGCGGCGGUGAAGGCAACAUGGCGACAAUGAUGGGUGGCAUGCCCUGGGUCCUACUUUGGAGUGUCAAUCUUCUCAUGCUCAUGCAGGGUCAAGCAGGUUUGCUGGGGUCGGUGCGCUCCAUUAUCUGGGUGAAGGUUUCGCAAUACUCAUACAAGGCCCUCGAAACUGCGGCCUUUGAACAUGUGCACUCCCUCAGCCUAGAUUUUCACCUAGGCAAGCGGACAGGCGAGGUGCUUUCGGCCUUGAACAAGGGCGGGGCCAUCAACACCUUCCUAGAACAGGUCACCUUCCAACUUAUUCCGAUGAUCGUCGAUUUGUUCCUUGCCAUUUACUUCUUCCAUCUCGUUUUUGAUGGGACGUACGGCACCAUUGUGACGGUCAACGUCUUUUGGUAUCUCUAUCUUACCGUCAAAAUGGCACAGACAAGAGCGGAUCAAAGGCGCGAAAUGACGAAUGCAGACCGGGAGGAGGAGGCGGUAAAGAACGAUUCCAUCACCAGUUACGAGACGGUCAAGUAUUUCAAUGCGGAACAAUACGAGUUCAGGCGAUAUGAGCGGGCUAUCGACGACUUCCAGCGGGCAGAGGCAAACGUCUCCUAUGGCACGAACCUGAUGGCCAUCGUUCAAACUGUCGUUUUCAUCUCUGGGCUCACGGUUGCCCUUACCGUUGCAGGCGUUGAUCUCGGGGAGAGGCUGCUGGAGCUUUUCAAGAUCCAGCCAAGUGUCAAAGACCUUCCGCACGUAAAGGACCUACCCGAAUGCAACGGCCACAUCCGCUGGAGGGGUGUUCAAUUCUCGUAUGGUAAUCAACCAGCCCUCAACGACCUUGAUUUCGAGUGCGCGCCUGGAACAACUACGGCCUUUGUUGGCGAAUCCGGAGGUGGGAAAUCAACUGUGUUCCGCCUCAUGUUCCGAUACUACAAUUGUUCAGAAGGUCGUAUCGAGAUUGACGGUCGCGACGUCAAGGACCUAACGAUUGACUCUGUCCGUCGCUACAUAGGAGUGGUGCCGCAGGAUACGAUCCUUUUCAACGAGACGCUGAUGUACAAUUUGAAGUAUGCUCGACCAGGAUGCACGGAUGAAGAGGUGUUUGAAGCGUGUAAGGCCGCCAGCAUUCACGACAAGAUCAUGGCAUUCCCGGAACAGUACAACACCAAAGUUGGCGAACGUGGCCUUCGCCUCAGCGGUGGCGAAAAGCAAAGAGUGGCGAUUGCCCGGACCAUCCUCAAGAACCCCAAGAUCAUCAUGUUGGAUGAGGCCACCUCUGCUUUGGACUCUCGAACGGAGCAACAGAUUCAGCGAGGCGUGUUGAGUGUUGGCCAGGGCCGCACCGUACUCAUCAUCGCACAUCGCCUCUCAACCAUUACUCACGCCGACCAAAUCAUUGUGUUGAACCAAGGCAGGAUCGUCGAGAGGGGAACGCACGAGGAGCUCAUUCAAAUCGGAGGUUACUACACGUCAAUGUGGGAGAAGCAAGCCCAAGCCACUCGCGCGGCGAACCGGGAGUGUUUGAAGCUCUUGAAGCAAGCCAACCUCUCAACACGGAAACACCUCGACGCUCAGUCGGAAGGCUAUAGCAGCAUGGCAUCUUCUUCGAUUCUCCCGGAGCCCUCGCCGAUGAAUGAGUCGAAGCCGGUUAGCCCGAUUGACUACGACCACUCUUCGGAUGGCGAAUCGAGCCAUACAACUUUCCACGGUGAACUUGAUAGGCAUUAG